AUGCCCGUUAUUUACAUUAACCUUAUUGCCGCCUUCUUUAUAGCCUUUAUAGGCCUCUUAAUUUACCGAUCCCACCUAAUAUCCUCACUAUUAUGCCUUGAAGGAAUAAUACUAUCUCUAUUUAUCCUAAAUUCAACCCUCGCCCUAAGCAUGCAUUUUACUUUGUACUCAAUGAUGCCCAUUAUCCUCUUAGUCUUCGCUGCAUGUGAGGCUGCAUUAGGCCUAUCACUAUUGGUUAUAGUGUCAAACACCUACGGCCUAGACUAUGUCCAAAACUUAAAUCUCUUACAAUGUUAA